UUUACUCAAUUUGCUAGUAUAAUAAAUUUCUCUGUUGCCCUCUCUGCAAAACAAAUUUUACAUUUAAAUACAAUUUUUUCUUCUGUCUGCUAGCUAGCUUGCUAUCAGUUAAACUGAAGAGGAGAGUUGAGAAUUUCCAUGGUGCUCUAGUGCUCUCUCUGGUGUAUUAAUGCCCUACCCGUUUUGGAUAAUUGAGGAUUGAAAUCUGGUUAGAGCAACGAACAUGAAAGCAAAUACAAAUCUCUGAUUAAUUCAAAUGAGAGAAGAGGGCUAGUGAGGAAUUCAGAAGACGAUGAUCUCAAGUUCGAGAGAAAGAGGUCUCGAAGCAAAGCAAGAGAAUGACAUGAGCAAGAUUGACAAGUCGAAGAUAGCAUCGAGUUCAAGGCAAUGGUCAGCGUUUCGAAAUCCAAGAAUCGUGCGAGUUUCACGUACUUUUGGCGGAAAAGACAGGCACAGCAAAGUGUGCACAGUAAGGGGAUUGAGGGACAGAAGGAUAAGGCUUUCAGUUCCCACCGCAAUUCAGUUAUACGAUCUUCAAGACAGACUUGGACUUAAUCAGCCUAGCAAGGUAAUAGAUUGGUUACUAGAUGCCACUAAAAAUGAUAUUGACAAGCUCCCACCUCUUCAAUUCCCACCAGGAUUUGGCCAAUUCCAUCACCAAAUGUUUCUUCCUCAUCAUGAAUUAUCGCCUUCGAUUAAUUCCAUUUCUCAGUCUUUGCCUUUUGCUUCCUUUUUCGAUGCAAAUCAUUCUAAUCCUUCUAAUUUCUUGAAGGAUGGAAUGUCAGGGUUACAUAGUUCCUUAGGGAUUAAGACCAAUAGUGUUGGUGAUGGGGAUCAUGAUGAUCAUCAUCAGUCAAUAAAUAUGGCAAAAGUUAAGCCAUAUUGGGACAUGGAUUAUGCUAAUAAUUCAUUCAGAACUGCAGCAAAAUGUAAGGAAGUUGAUAAUCAUCAAAAUAAUACUCCAUCAGCUGCAGGCAAAGGCAAAUGGAUUAAGUCAAGUGUAGUACAAAAUCGAGAUCAAGAUAAUCAAGAUCAUGGACCAAUCAGUGGCGGGUAUUUGCCAUCGUCAUCAGCUCAAAAAUUCUUUCCUCUAGCUAAUCAUUGCUACCUAAACAAUCCCAUGCCUUUCAAUUCCUACUACCAUUACAAUUGGGAUCCUUCUUCAAGCUUGUCUCUAUCACAAUUUGGAGGCCAUGGUUACCAGCCCCAGCUAGAUCAAAGUAAUAAUAAUUCUCUCAAUGAUGCAGCUGUUACUUUGGCCACACCACCAUCUUCUUCAUUGUCCCUCUCUUCUACGCCAUCUCACUCUCAACUAUUGUUUUGUCCGCCUCCGCAACUCCCACCAUCAUUUCCAUCAUACCCAACUCCGUAUCUUACUACUCCGGCCGCGCCGGAGAGUAGUGAUCAGGCCAGGCAGAUCAACCAUUUGCAGAUGUUAACAAGUAAUAAUUCUCUGAAAUUGAGCUCAUCAGCUAUGAAGGUUCCAUUCCAGUUGAAUGUAAAUUAUAGUGCUGGUGAUAUGCAAAAUCACAAUAAAGGUAGCCCAAGCAGACAAGGAUAACAAUGAUUCUUGAGGAUCUUUCCAUAGUGGCUUUAAUUUCUUGAUUUUGUGUGUGUAUACAUAUAUAUACACCUCAGCACGGAAUAUAGAGCUGAGACUUAAGGCUAUGAGGGGAAUUGUACGUGUUACAGAAUCAAGACCCUGAAGCACUAGCAAAGCAAGAAUCCUGAAGAGGCCUUUUUAUAAAUGUACACAUGCAACCAAACGAGUAGUACAAGAGAAACCAGCUCGCAUGGGCAUUGGUGUACCUCCAAGUAAGUAAGAUAUAUAUAUUUAUAUAUACAGUGUUGAUUUUCUCAUGAGUUUGAUAUAUAGAUAACGAUCUGCAGGCAGUUAGUGACCUGAUAGGUGGAAGUUUGUAAUUUG